AUGGCAUCGACGGUGAUUGCGGCGGCAGCAUCUUCCUCCAUGGCGGCCACCGCCAUCAGAACAACCCGCUGCUCGGUCUUGCCUUACCUCCCUCCUCGCUCCUCCUCUUCCCAGUCAUUCCCCAUCAAACAAGUCUCCCUCUCAGCUUCAGAGUCCCGCAGGUUUGCUCCACUUCAGACCAGAGCCUCUUCUUCAGAAGAAUCCUCACUCGAUGCUAAUGAGAUUUUCACAGACUUGAAGGAAAAGUGGGAUGCAGUUGAAAACAAGUCCACGGUAAUAAUCUAUGGAGGCGGAGCAAUAGUUGCUGUUUGGCUAUCAUCGAUUAUAAUUGGUGCCAUCAACUCAGUACCUUUGCUCCCCAAAAUCAUGGAGUUGGUGGGGCUUGGAUAUACUGGAUGGUUUGUCUACAGAUAUCUUCUAUUCAAGUCGAGCAGAAAAGAACUAGCCACGGAUAUUGAAGCAUUGAAGAAGAAGAUUGCAGGAACUGAAUAA